GCAAAAGGACACCAUAAAGAAACCCUGACUACAAAAGUAAACACUGAUAGAACAAACUGAGAAUGAAGCAGAGGAAAUGAGGACUAGAAUAAAAGUAAACAGUAACUAAAGCUAACCUAUAAAAGGAGGAACAGGGGAAUAAAGAUAAAUUAGAGGAAACAGAGCUAAGAGGGACAAUGAAUGUAAAGGGGACAAAAACUGAGUAAUUAACAACUAAAAGAGGAAAACUAAUGACGAGAGGAGAACACACUGGGAGGCAAAAGGAAACCAGAACUGUCAGAACACAGAAAGCAAUAAACAUGAAUACAAACCCUCAAACAAGAAACAUCUAGCAAAACAAAACACAAAACCACAAAGUCCAAAAUGUCACAUCCUGACAGUAUCUCAUCCUGACAGUUGAUUAUUAGAUAAAAGUCUCAUGGUCUUUCCCACUUGUAGCUCUCCUGUGAGCCCAGAACAACGGCUGGGAGCCAUCCUCUCCCACUGCAGUAGCUGUAAUUAACUAAGCAUGCUUCCAGGAGCUCAGUGUGUGUUCUUGGGUUGUUUCAUGAGGAUUCAGCAUCCUCCGGGUGCAGCAGCCCUCCCCCCUCUGCAGCCUCUCCAGCAGUAUGCCCGACUUCCAAACGGAAGCAGGCGCUACCAUUUUGAAACACAGCACCGCUAAGCGCCAUGGACAAGAGCCACACAGUGAAGCUCUUUGUAGGAAACCUGGCUUUGGACACCACCCAGGAAGAGCUGUCAGCCAUUUUUGAACCUUACGGCCAGGUUGUCAGCUGCAGCGUGCUGCGACAGUUCGCCUUUGUUCAUCUGCAGGGCGAGGGGGCUGCAGAUCGAGCCAUUCGGGAGCUCAAUGGGAGAGAGUUUCGGGGACGGAAUCUGGUGGUGGAGGAGUCGAGGGGGAGGCCGUUGCACUCCACGAAGGUGUUUGUUGGUAACCUGAGUGGGAUGUGUACCACGGAGGACCUCAAGCAAUUGUUCCAGACAUUUGGGAAAGUUCUUGAGUGUGACAAAGUCAAAGGCUACGCCUUCGUUCACAUGGAAAAUAAGGAAGAUGCUCUUCAGGCCAUCGAGGCUUUGCAUGGUACUUCGUUUAAGGGCCGGCCCCUAUCUGUAGAGCUAUCAAAGGUCCAGCCCAGCAAGCAGACACCCACUGGGAAAAUCCCAUGUGUUAACUGUGGGAAGCAGGGCCACUAUGCUGGAGAAUGUCCUGUGGGGAAGCCGUCUUUAGAGCAGUACCAGAGUCAGGCAGCAGUCUUAGCUGCUGCUGCUGCUGCAGCUGCCGGCCUGCCUCUACAAGUCCAACAGAGCGUCCACAAUUCAGUGUACAACACCUCGACCUUCGACCCCACGUAUGCAGCUCUCACAGGAAUCACCACUGGCACACGUACUGAUGGAAACCCGGUGAAUCCAGCUGUCUAUGGCGCUCUUGCCAGCCAGGUAUAUGGUGCUAAUGUUGCCAAUCAACUCUAUGGGACUGUGGCAAGCCAGGCAGCUCUUACAUCAGGCGCCACACAGAUGUACAGCUCAAUGGCGCCCAAUAUCUAUGGCCAGAUGGCUGCAUCUGCGGCGGCUGCUGCUUACACAACUCCAGUUUACACCCCAACUGUAUCCAACCAUCCUGUGUACCUAACAGCUGCUCCUGGAAUAGAGAUGCCUGCAGGAGCAGCUACAGUAAACACUGCUUACUCUGUAGCUCCUGCAAUUUAUGGAACUGCCACACCAGCCUACGCUCACAUCAGCGCCAUGGGAGCAGCGGAUCCAGCUACAGCCCUGUUUGAGGCCGCCAGGCAGGCACAUUACUUUGUCCAGGGCCAGCAAGUUAUGGCUGACCAGCAGACAGCUGCUGUGGCAGCAGCUGUGGCCAAGUCUGGUGAGAGAGACCGUAGUCCUUUACGCAGGUCAGCACCUCUUCUGCCAGACCCUGUGAUGAAGCCGUUUAUAUACCAUAGGGCCAAACCGCGCAGACCCUUGCUCCCAACACCAGCUGGCCGUGCAGCAGAAGAGGCAGUAGAGGCAGCAGAAGACCCCAUGGCCAGGUACUACGCCGAGUACUACCAGCAGUUGCAGCAAUACUCGCAGUUCCAGUAUGCUUACCCAUCAAGCACAAUGGCAGCUAUUGCUGGCAUGCAGGGAGUCACAGGAGUCCCCACGAUGUCUGCCCAGCCAGUCGCUACACUGGAGGCCCUCAGGCCAGUGGUCCCCACUGCUGCUGCAGUGGCAGCUGCCAUGGCUGCGCCCAGGGUGUAUGAGCCGCCGUUGCCGCCGCCUACGCGCAAGGAGGCCAUCCUCCACCGCCCCGAACUCUCCCUUCACACGCCUGAGCCCCCCUUCCGAUAGUUGCACUCAACUGUCUGCCCCUUGCCCCUUUCCCUCUUUGCCCUGAUCCCUCACCCCUACAUACCUUUUUCACUCAAACUUGACCACCUCUGUAUGUAUGUAUGUGUUUUGUGUGCUUGGGGGACUGGCUGUGGGAUUUGAAACUGAAGGCUGGUGGGCUUAUUAACUUGCUUUAAGAGGGGACUGAUCAGCUAACCUUGGUCCAGUUUGGAUAACCACAGUGCAGCUUUGAAGACAGGCUUGUAUCUAUUUUUAUGGGCAUUGUAUGUGCUUCUUUGUUUUACCUUUUUUAUUGUGCCAGUCUCACACUUGUGCCAGUAUUAGACUGACAGGGUCAGUCCUUUCUUUUGCCUUUAUUUCUGCAACCCGGUUAUGAUUUUCUAGGGCCAAAUCUCCAGUAAAUUACAUCAGCCAUUCUACUUAGGUCUAGAUGAUCAGGUAGGGCAGCUAAUUUGAAACCUUUUUUGCCUUAUGUUGAUGAAUUUAGAUUUAUAAUGUUCUCAGAUGGCAAGUCAGACUAACACAUGUUGUGUACCGGCUGCAUUGUACUGUGUCCAACAGAACCAAGGUUAAUGUAUUUUGGGGAGAUCGUUUGUUCUGGAUGCGAUGUGGAUGUGUGAUUGUGUGAGAUGUGCAAGCUCCUGACUUUGCAGCGCACAAACGCAGCAGCAGCUAAGACUGCGCUUUGCAGAGAAAAUACGCAAAGCACACAUAUAGGUACUGUAAUGUUUGUUCGUAUCUAUCCUCGACCCUCCUCUAAAUCUCAUUCUCACCUUUAGACUAAGACACUUAAAGACACUGCUUCACCUCGUCCUCUUCCUAACUACAGCUGCCUACCUCUUACUGUAAAAUUCAGUGUAGAUUGUAUUCUGUUCUGUACUUCUCCACACAUUUCACCCUAUCAGCAGUUGCAGCUCCAUAUAAAGCUACAGCAGUACAGAGUCUGCAUAGCUAGAUUUCAGUUCCUCUUUUUUUAAUAUAUAGUAUUUGGUCCUCUUCCAUGUUCACAAGCCUUUUAAAACACAGAAAGUGUAAGUAAUCUGUUUCCAUCAUUAUAGUUUACAUGUGAUAUAAGUUGGCCUAUAGGGUGAAAUGAGUUUUAAAUGGGAGAAACAGUGUGUAACUACUGAAUGAGUUUACAGAGGAUCUUUGAAUUGCAUCCUUUUAGAAACCAUGAUCAUAUGUGACAAGGUCAGUUAUGUGCCUAAAGCCUUUAUUGAAGUGCAUUAAGUGGAGGGACCUCCUAUUUUUAAGUGCUUUUUAAAUAAUUUCAAGUAAACUAACAGGAGCCUGAGAGCUCAGAAUCCAGAGGGCUACAAGUAGGUCUGUUUAUUGCAAACGGUUUUAGAAAAGCCACAAAAUGAGCCUCAGAGGCUCGUUUUAAGCAGAAACAGCAGUGAUAGCACCAAUGAAGUGAGAGAUGGAGCAGUGUCUUCCAGUGGCCCCAAACUGUCCACCAUUUCUUCAUCAAAUACUAGAUCUACUUUAGAUUCUUAUAUCCAAAUUAUAUUGAAGUGGAUUUUAGUUUACUUGUUGAAUCUUCUACAGUUUCUCAAAAAAGCAUUUCUACCCCAUGAAGUUUUGUCACUUGAAAGUACUUUAUUGAAAUUUGUCUGAUUAACCAACACAAAUAUGCACAUAGUUGUGAAGUAGAAGGAAAAUAAUACGUGGUUUUUAAAAUAUAUUUAUGAAUAACACCUUGAAAAGUGUAUUUAGCACCACAUUUUGCUGCAAUUCCACAACUUGAGACUGAAACAUUUGCCCAUUAUUCUUUUCAAAAUGACUUGAGCUCAGAUAGAUUGGAUGGAGAGCAUCUGUGAACAUCAACAUUCACAUCUAGCUACAUAUUCUCAAUUCAAUGUAGGUCUGGACUUUGGCUGGGU